UGUUGCAGGUUGUUGUUAACUCUGUUGGCAAUGUCUAUGAUUUUAUCUGCCUCUGUGGUCCGUGUGAGGGAUGGACUUCCACUUUCUGCAUCUACUGAUUGUGACCAGAGCAUGGGAAUGCAAGAAUGUAGAAAAUACUUUAAAAUGCUCUCAAAAAAACUUUCUCAGCUUCCUGAUAGAUGUACUCUGAAAACUGGACAGUAUAAUAUAAAUUUUAUAAGUUCUCUGGGAGUAAGCUAUAUGAUGUUGUGUACUGAAAAUUAUCCCAGUGUCCUGGCUUUCUGUUUCCUGGAUGAGCUUCAGAAGGAGUUCAUCACUACCUAUAAUAUGAUGAAGACGAAUACUGCUAUCAGACCAUACUGUUUUAUAGAGUUUGAUAAUUUCAUUCAGAGGACCAAGCAGAGAUACAACAACACACGUUCUUUGUCAACAAAGAUGAAUCUUGCUGAUAUGCAGACAGAAAUCAAACUGAGACCACCGUAUCAAAUUUCUGUGUCAGAACUUGGUUCAGCCAAUGGCUUUUCUCAUGUACCUGUGGGGUUGUAUAAGGGUACUGGUAAGAUAUCUGCAGCUCCUCAUCAGCGUCUGGAACCUGUGACUCUGCCAGGGAUUGUCUCAUUUGUGCUUAGUCUCUUAUGUGGAGCUUUGAAUUUAAUCCGUGGCUUCCAUGCCGUGGAAAGCCUUCUCCAGAAUGAAGGUGAAGAUUUCAGCUAUGUUAUUGCAUUUUUUCUUGGAACAGCAGCCUGUUUGUACCAGUGUUACCUGUUUGUGUACUACACAGGCUGGAGGAAUGCCAAAUCCUUCCUGACUUUUGGGUUGAUCUGCCUGUGUAACAUGUACCUGUAUGAACUGCGCAACAUGUGGCAGCUCUUCUUCCAUGUGACUGUGGGAGCUUUUUCUACCUUACAGAUCCGACUGCGGCAGCCCCAGGGAAAAUCCCCUGAUUACAAUGUCUGACAAGUCCUGGAACAUUGAGACCAAGUCUUGUUCCACUAGUUACUCUCAGGAAUGUAAAGCUGUUCUCCAAAAGAAGAAGCUGUCUGAAUGGGGCGUGUUUGUUUGUUUGUUUGUUUUUUAAUAAAUCAGUGUAAGAUGCCUGAAGACAUUUUACACUUGGUGGUUGAACCUUUUUUUAAAUUAUUUUAUUUUCUUGAAAAGGACACAAAAGAAUGUGGGACUAGAGGAGGAAAGUGAAGCAUAUCCAUGCAGCGAAAUGUAUGUAGAAUAGGACUGAUGGCAUAAAAAAGCUUCAUUCAUACAUUCAUGGAGAUACUCUGAUGUGGAAUUAUCUGAUGGUAAUGUGGAAGCAUAUUUUUACAUUAAUGGAGGAAUGUGUAGAGUAUGUUCUGCAUAUCGUGCAAGCUUUUCACUUCCAAGGUCAGUUUUGCCUUUGUGAGGCAGUAGGGAAUAGGCUAAACAAGUAAUAAUAAUGCUAUUGCAUAUUAGCAAACUAGAUGUGGAAUAUGUAAGAUACUAAAUUUUGGAAUGUUUUGUUUCACGUUGACAUAUAUGUGAAUGUUUUCUUAAUUAAAAUGUAACCUGGAAACUCAGUUUCUGGGGAUUGGCUUCACCUGUGGUGCUCUGUCUUGUGCUGCAAGUUCUUUUAAUGUGUUUUCAUUUUUAUUUUCUUUUAAUUAUUCUUUGAAAUUGAUUUAUGUAGAUAAAGUUCAUUUUUUGUAAUUAUUCAAAAAGUUCUGCCACUAAGCCCAGGAUUCUUGCACCCUUCUUGUGUUUGGACUCUGGAAGGG